AUGCGCGCGACCCGCGUCGUCCUCAACCUCGCUCAUCCGGUGAGCACACGCGCGCCGCCAGCUCUCGUGUACAACCUCGGCAUCAGCUAUGCGGCCAAGCACUCGCCGCCGUUCGUGCCGCCCAACGCGCACCCCGCGUCGGGCGGCUUCGCGGGCCAGCCAUCCAAGCUCGGCAAGUGGGUCGACACGAUGAAGGCGCUCCCUGCAGGCCGGGGAGAGCUCGAGCCGACCAAGGACGAGCGCGAGGCGGGCAAGCGCGAGCUCGACCUCCAGAUUGCUGUAAACAAAUGGGGGGCGGGCGAGGACUUUUUCGCGGUCGUGUCGACGGAUACGUUUACCCACAUCGCCGCAUCCGACGGGGUCGGCGGCUGGGCACCCCAGUUCGACCCAUCGCUCUACUCCCAGGCCCUCAUGUUCCACUACGCACAGGCACUGACUGCGUCGCCGAGCAUGGCCCCAUGGGAGGCGCUGAACCGGGCCUACGCGGCAGUCGAGGCGGACGACAACGUCAAGGCAGGCAGUGCUACGGCUGUGGGCGUGAGCAUGGGCGAGACCGGCAAGGGGCAGGCUAUCAACCUCGGCGACUCGGGCUUGACGAUCCUGCGCGGCGGCAAGGCCGUCUUCGAGACGCUGACGCAGACACACUUCUUCAACUGCCCCUACCAACUGUCCAAAACGCCGCUCACGAUGCGCUCCCCUGACCUCAUAACCGACACGCCCGCACAGGCGGACAAAUUUGAGUUUGACCUCGAGCCCGGAGACGUCGUGUUGCUGUACACGGACGGGUUGAGCGACAACCUGCCCGCGCAGCGGAUCCCAUUGCUGAACGCGGCGGUUCUGCAGACACUCGAGCUCGAGGCUAACGCAGACCUGAGCGUCGAGGACAAGCGCGCCGCGCACGCACGCCUGCUCGCUGACGUACUCGUCGCUGCGUCGCGGUACGGCAUGUGCUUCACUGGCGAGGAGGACGUGAGCAAGGGCGGUGCUUGGAAGACGCCGUUCGAGAUCGAGGCCAAGAGCCACCGCCGCGACUUUAAGGGGGGCAAGAUCGACGACGUCACUGUCCUGGCCGUGACGGUUGCGGAGAGGUUGGGGGCUUAG